CCACGAUGCACCUCCAUAGAUGUCGGCACCUUGAGGUCCUGGCCGUCGUGUUGCUGUUGCUUCAGGUGGCUCUGCAGCCUGGAGUGGAGGCGCACGCCCGCCUCAUGGACCCGCCUGCCAGGAAUUCUAUGUGGAGGUUCGGCUACCUGACACCCGUCAACUACAACGACAACGAGCUCUACUGCGGCGGCUUCACCGUGCAGUGGCAGCAGUACAACGGCAGCUGCGGCCUCUGCGGCGACAGCUUCGGGGAGCCCAAGCCGCGCCCACACGAGGCUGGCGGGCUCUACGGCAAAGGCGUCAUCAGCAGGAACUACGUCACCGGGCAGGAGAUUCAAGUUGAGGUGGACCUGACGGCUAACCACUAUGGCUAUUUCGAGAUGUUCAUCUGCCCGAACAACAACCCGAAGUUUGAAGUGGAUGAAGAGUGCCUCAGAAGGAAUCCGCUGAUCGUGGCCGGCACCAGAAACGAGACGCGCUACUUCAUACCGCCGGGCACGAAGAAGAGCGAUACGCUGCGUUAUAAGGUGCGGCUGCCGCCUUUCGUGACGUGCACCCAGUGCGUCAUACAGUGGAGGUACGUCACAGCGAAUAACUGGGGUCUGUGUGCCGACGGGUCGGAGGCGGUCGGCUGCGGCCCUACGGAGACGUUCGUCAACUGCGCCGACGUGGCCAUCGUGACCGCCAUCGGCGGCCUGCCGCCGUCCUUCGUCAGCUCGCAGGACAACCCGCACCUGCUCUACUACCGCGACUUCCGCACGCCCGGCGCUGUCGCCCCGCUCGUAAUCCGGGCGCAGGUGUGUGAGCCGACGCCGCUGUAUCGCUCGCUGCCCGGCAUGGGCGAGUGGUGCCAGACCAACUGCCUGCGGUACCCACCCAACUGUCCUCCCGAGCUCUGCCACUGUCCGCGCACGUGCGACGCCAUCGGCGAACUGGAAGGCCGAGAGGGCGCCGACGAGUACUGUAUGGACCAGUGCCUGGUGUACCCGCCGCGCUGCCCCAGGGAGCGCUGCUUCUGCUACUGACCACGGCAACACACCUGGCCACGUCUCCACGGCCCGCUGCACACACGUUUAGGGUCAGCAAUCUGCAGCUUCAAGUUCCCCGAAAACUGUACUUGCUCCGCAAAAGAUUUCAUUAUUUUUUCGUCAAUUUAAAGAGCUCUUGCUCUUAUUUGUACUCGUAGUUAGAGACUAAAUUUUUCUGUGAGGAGUAGCUUGUUUGGAACAAUGAUGUGUUCUCCUUUUUACGUUAUCAUUUUUGUCGAAGGAAACAACUACAACUUGCCAUUUACAUAAUAAGACAUUUGGACAUUACGUGUGGCGGUUGGAGCGGGGUCUCUGUACAAAAUUUCGAAUAAUAUCGUUGUUACCACAAUACAGAGUGCUCCUUGCAAUUGGAACUCCUUUUUUCUGACGUGGUGUGACAACAAGUAUUAGCCUUAAAGGAAUAGCUGUGGAAAGGUUGUGGCACUCAAGUAAUAGUUGUCUCAUCUUCCAGACUAGUUUUCAGGUAUCAAAUUAAUCAAAUGUCACUAGGACCUGUCAAUGAAAAAUAAUUAACACUGAUGCUCUCUUGAACGUGUUACGUCACAAACGCAAUUAUGUAUCCCGUUGUUCCGGGAUAAGAAUAAGACGGAACUGCGGAUUUAGAAUUAUCAACAGUACAGCACUUUCCGAAUAUUUCUAUGUUCCCUGUUAACAUAAUCAUUUGAUUAUCUCCAAACUCACGACACGCAGAUAAAUACGCCUGUGAUUUUAUGUUACCGCACAAUGUUCAGCGCAGAUUCAGUUAAAUAUUGCUAUGAACCUCAAACCAAAAGUAAAAAGAAAUUCUUUUGGAAGAAAACUAAAAAUUUAUAUGUCGGCAUAUCAAGAAGAUGGAGAGUCAAGUUAUAUUUGUAGUCAUUCCAAAUGAAACAAACAAAUCAUACUAACAGAUCCAUUAGAAAAUUUGUUAGUAGGCACAAAGGAUGUGCAAGUCUUUGUCAAGGCUAGAAUAAUGGCUGUUAUUCUACAGAAUUGCGUAAUGGAUCUGAGAAAAAGAAAUUUCUGACUUCAUACUUAUUUCUUGAUUUUUUUCACAUAAUCAGAGUUAGUCAUUCUAUUUCGUAAUAUAUUUCAUUUAAACUAUUGUACAUGCUCCACCUUCAAGUUUUGAAACUUACAUGCUUCUCUUAAUUGACUGUAAUCACGUUUAAGUAGUCAUUUGGGAUGAUUAAAUCUCAGUUUUUGAGAUCCGCUACGCAAUUCUGUAGAAUUGAACCCAGUAUUGUAGCCUUGAUACAGACUUGCUCAAUCUCUACGCCCUCUAACAAAUUUUCUUACUGCGAGAUACUUAUCAUAUGUUUGUUUCAUUUGAGACGACUACAAGUAUAACAUGACUGUCCAUCUUCUGCCUCUUCAUUUGGUAUGUCAACAUAUCAAUUUUCAGUUUUCUGCUAAAU